UCUCCACACGUAAGAAAGGCUACGAUCCUGUACUCGUCCGGUUCUAUGAAGAAAGCGGAAUGACCGAGGUGAAGAAGGAUUGUCCGUUGAUAGAAGAAGCAGCUAAGCAGAGCGGGAAAACUGUAGACCAAGUGAAGAACUUCAUUGUCAACUAUCGUAGGUUUAAGGGCGGCAGUGAGCAGAGCCUCCCCACAGACGACAUGGGGGCUGAGAACAUCAUGGGACAUCGUGAAGACUUGGGGAUGUCGACAAAAAUGGGAGGCAGCAGUGUUCCACUCGAAAUACAGCUGCGGGGUCCUGGAAUGCAGCAGCUGUACUCUCAGGCCUGCCGCCAGGGGGCGCGACCGGUGCACAGCGUGCGCGGGCUCGUGGUUGGUCAGUUCAGAUCCGGGAAGACGUGUGUCGUCAGGAGGCUGACGGGAGAUGAACCGAUAACAGACGGCAUCGAGAUUUCACCCAGCGUGAUGACCAAGACUUGGCGGAAGGCAAAAGAGGAGCCAGACGAAUUCAGGGAAACCAUGGCAGAACGAUUGGCAGAACAAAAAGAACGGAACAAACCGCGCACGCGGACAUCGUCACAAACCCAAGGAGCAGUCGAGCAGCAGAGCUACAGAAAAAGUCCGACAGAUGUUGGGAAGGCAGAAGACCAAAAAGGGAAGCGCAUUCUGCGAACGCGCCGAAAUGAACCGACAGAGGAGGUUACACAAAGUCAACAAACCCCAAAGCGGAUGGAUGAAAGGAGAGAAGGUGUAGCUGGGUUAAGACAAACUCAGCAGCAAUUGCAAACACAAGACAUACCAGAUGAAGUCAUAACAAAAGCCAAAGAGCGACUCCAAGGUGGCGUGGCCGAGGAGCAGCUUGGAACAGCCGAACACCCGCGUCUCUCCCUCUGGGACUUCGGCGGCCAGGCCACGUACUACGGCUCGCACCAGUGCUUCUUCACGUACCGCGGGAUCUACAUCCUGGUCAUGUCACUGCUGCAGAAGCUGUCCGACCCUGUUCCUGAUCUGGACUACAAGGCGGCAGCGGACAACCUCGUAACUGGAAGAGACUACUUGGACCACUGGCUGAACUCAGUCCGCACACACACCCUGGUGCACGGGCGGGAGCAGACAGGAGAGCCGCGUGUCGUUUUGGUCCUCACGCACAAGGACAGGGUCGAUGAGUCAGACAUUGAGGAGUACAAGAAAGACAUACGUGAUCACAUCAGUGGUAAGGCUGCCGGUAAACACGUCUUACCAAAGAUAUUUGUCAUCGAUAACUUUAACGAGGACAACAGCGACAUUGACGAGCUCCGAGAAUACCUCCGUGAGGUGGCGAAGGGUCUGUGGUUCAUGGGCCAGGAGGUGCCGAUGACUUGGCUUCAUCUGAAGUCCAAACUGAUGGACAAGAGGAGAGAGGACGACCCAUUCUGCCGUUUCCAAGAUGUCGUCGAUCUGGCCCAGAGUGAUGACAUGGGCAUCACGGACGACAGCCAUGUUGCCGACAUUUUGACCUUCCUACACGACCUUGGUGACAUCAUCUUCAUCAACGAACCCGUUCUCAGUGAUCACGUGGCCCUUCGACCCCAGGUGAUGAUUGAUGUCUUCAAGACCAUCAUCACCGUUCCGGAGUACCAACAGGACAGGAGCACGGAUGGGGAGGUUGCCGAGAUGUGGAGGAUGCUGGAGACGGAAGGCAUCCUCAGUGACAGGCUGUUGACAAUCAUCUGGACCAGAGCAGAUCAGAAGAUGCAGAAACCCUUCCUACUGCGGCACAAGCCAUUCCUGAAGCGACUGAUGGAAAAGUACUACCUCCUCUGCAACGCCACGCCGAUCGGUGGGUUUGAUGACACAGCAGACGAGUCUGACAAAGAAGAGAUCUACUUCGUACCAUCUCUCCUGGCCACAAAGCCUAACGACAGCACCUUGUAUCCUGAGCACAUGAGCAGAUACCAGCAUCCUCUGUAUGUCGUAUUCGACAACAUGUUCCUGCCAAGUGGCAUGUUCUAUCGUCUACAAGCCAUUUGUGUGCGCAGGUUCGGUCUUGAAGAGUCCCACGUGUUCGCCGGCUGCGGUCGCUUCCCUACCGACGAUGUAAAGCAACAAUUCGUGGUAACCAAAGUGAAGCAUUACAUGAGGGUGGAGCUUCUGUCUGCUGAAGACCAGCCAGCGUUCACACAAGCCCUUCCCGUUAGAAAGUUCCUCAGCAGUUGUCUCUUCGAGAUCAAGGAGAAGUGGAUCCCGUCCAUCCAGUAUGACUGGUGCUCUGGGGAGGAGUCAGAAAAAGAAACAGGAACACCAGUAUUCUACCCUCUGUCUGACAUCGGGCAAGACACGGCAACGGGAUCCAGUCGUUUUCCAGAAGACUUCAUCGAUGUCUGGAUACGUGGCAGAAGUGAUACGACAACGUCCUGUCCAGAGAACUCAGGUGGUUCCGGACCCGUGAUGAUAGAGCCCACGUUGAACCCAGCUGACAUAAGUACAGUCCACACGAUCGGCCCUGUCCUGGACUGUAUGGAGACCUGCAGAGGGCUGAGUUUGGCGCAGUGUGAUCGGAUCAGACACGAGCUCACAUCCGUCAGCAGGUUCAAAGAGCUGGUUGCCACCGUCAACAGGUCCGGAGACGUGUGCCGUCGCUUGCUGGGCGCAUCCGUGGAAGCUUGUCUGCCUGAGAGAACAUCUAUGUUCCCCAGAGAAGAGAGAGGGGAUGAAAUUGUUCUCCUACACACCGGAGACUACAAUGACAAGCUCAUCCAGCCACUGUUGAAACAGGCAGUCCAAUCGUCCAGCAGGUACGGUGUAACAGUGUCUGAAGACAUCAUCGAACCAGGAGAAAUCAUCACAGACAAACUCUUGCAUCAUCUUCUCCAACGGAACGUCAGGAUGGUCGUUCCGAUCAUCACACCCCAGACUCUUCACAGCAAACACUGGUCCACGCUCGGGUACGAAUUCUGUGUACAGAACAAGAACCUGGUCUUUCCGGUCUUUGCCUACCCUGAAGGAACCAGAGAGCGUUUGCUAGAGGUGCUCGGCAGGCGCUGUGCGGGGAUGUUGGAUAUGGCAGCAACAGAAAUACCAAUGACUGAAGAACCACUGUCCAGAACCAAAAUUGGUCUCGUUUCAGCAGAUAUCCUGAGGAAGGUGUCGUCGUCAGGUGUCGUGCUGAACACGUACAGAAUUACAGAAGAAGGUUGCCAGAUUGAGGAGGAUGGUGUCACUAUCUUCUUUCCAAAAGGAUGCGUCAAGACAGGGAGGUCCCUGUCCUUGGAGGUCGAAAUGCUGUCCAUUGAUGACGCCUUAAAAAAGGCUUUCUCAGCGUUGACCCCGAUAGUGACUCUACACCAGGAAAAGAAGGAAGCCUUCUUAGGGUUCUUAGAGCCCGUGAGCGUCACCCUGCCGUGGGCAUGGAAGAAGAGAGACUGCGGCACAGAUAAAACCGUCCUGAUGAAAAGGAAAUCAUGGUCGCUGCUUAGGAUAGAGUUUCAAGAGACAGAGGACGCCGUCACAUUCACAACGAGACGCUUUUUCGGGAUUGCCGGUGUCAAGGAAAGCGGCAAAGGCGGGGAAACUUUGACCUCCACUGUCCCAGGGAACCGGGAGGAGACAGCCCAUCGGGAGGCGUCAGAGUCAAAUGUUCCAUCAACAUCAACAUCUCCAACCAUGUCUCUGCCAUUCCGGACAUGUUGGAACAGGUACGCUGAAGACAAAGUGUACCUCAUAGUAAACCCAAACCAGGCAACAACAGCCAACAACUGCAUCCACCUCAUGUGUGUUCACAAGAACGACGACCCCUACGACCUUUUCCAAGCUGACAAUAUGCGGCCACUCCCACCGUACAAACAACGCAUCGUCAUGGGCAGGGAAGAAAGGAUAGACGCUAAGUUUAACGACAGGGAAGAAGUCAUCGGAGACCCUCUUGAUGUUUCAGAUGGUAUCAGCUUCUUCUUCCCACCAGCUGACUGCAACAGGUGGUCUGUUGGACUGAUUCUGAACAAACCGAGAAAAAACAAAAAGGUGUACCAAGGGGUUGUCCAUUUCACACUACAUUCUAAGUCCGGAGCACAAAUAACAGAUCUCAAGCGCAGGAUCCCCUCAGCAACAGUGUUUCUCCACUCCGAAGAUGAGGGGAAGACAAGUCAGGUUCAGCAGAAGGAAGGCACUGUGGUCACCAUGACCAAGGCGCCCCAGAUACAACAUAAAAAAGGUGGGAAGAGGAAAGCCAAAACGUGGCAUGUUGGCGAGUCCAGCGACAGUGGCCCCCCGGUAAAGCGACCGAAGCAAGGCCUGACCCCAGAAGACAUCCAAGUGGUGCACGUGGUGGGAGAUUCCCCCGACGAGCUUCUGCCGGUUACAGAACUCACCCCCUCCCACGCGGUCACCAGGUUCAAGAAAGGCGGUCUGUUUAGGGUGGUUGCAAAGAGGGAGAAAGUACCAGAGUCGGCCAAAUACAGCGGAUCCACAGAGCUUCCAGGUGAUGUGGGAUCAUCGAGUGGUGCGUCAGAUUCUGAGUCUGGAAUGAUAGAGAAGCUUGCUGACCAGCUAGAUGAGGAAAACGUCCGACGACUGUUGCAAGUAUGCCCUCUAUCCAGGCAGCUAAAACAGGACAUGCGAGAUUCCCGACAUCCACGUGACUUAUUCAAGGCCAUGAUGAAACAUGGGUACAUGGAAGUGGAUGAUCUCACAAUGCUCCGAAAGGACAUGAUCACUGCUGGCAUCAGCUGGACUGCUGUUGUUCAAAACAUUCCGGGGGCCUAUCUUCGUCAACCGAUGAUUGGAGAGGCUGACAUUGGACCAGGAGGUGGAGCAGUUGAGAUUCCACAUUUCAUCAAACUUGUGGUACCAGCUGGCGCUCUGCAACACGACACGGAGGUGACUGUCUCCACUGUGGACUUUCCAAGCAUCCUGAUCAGACGUACAGGUAUCCACUGGAGCUCCGGCUACCCAUGGUCCCGUGCUGCCGCUGCCUGCUCACCUGAGAUGUUGGAUAAAGUCUUGUUUUCUCCGGCCUUCCACGUCAACCUGCAUGGUGCUAGGCUCACGGGAAAGGUGCCCGUGGAGGUACAGACGUGGCGCCCCCCUGGCACGGAGGAUCACAAGUGCAUCAUUCUUCAUCAUGAUGACAUGACCGGAUGGAAGGAUAUCAGUGCUGAAACUAACAUCCGUGUUACUGAAGACCAACUCGUGAUCGGUCUGACUCACUGCAGUACCAUAGUGCCGAUCUGGGUUCCCAUUGUGCUCUUCAGCUCUGCAAUUGCCGCAGCCACAGCAGCGUUUACGGCAGGGGGAUACUUGGUCGCACAGAUACUUGAACGCAGUAAGGAAGGCACAUUGAAAUGCUGGUUUUCAGCGUACAUGAAGCCAACUAACAAUCCUCAGGUACAGUUCCACGUUCUGUGCAAGGAUGGUUGGCAGCAAGAACCAGUUUCGUACAGAACAGGUUUUGUUCACUGCGGUGACAAUAGAUCACACGUUUACCUCUUCAAUGGUGAUAACAUUGAUGUUCACGUCGAAGAUGCUUUGGGCGAACAUGAGAAAAUCAAGAAGCUCACCGUGGAUGCAGAUGAAUGCCGUUUGCCGUGGGGACAGCAAGCACAACUAACCGUGCCGAGGAAACAGUAUCUCGUGGGAACCGUAACGGUCAAAAGAAACAAGGGAACCCAAGACGUCUGUAGCCUGACGUUUGAGCAGCCACACUCUUCAACGUCACGAGAUGUUGAGGAACCCUCUGCUGAUGAUCUGUACCUGCGGAUCUCGCAGAAUCUCAACAAUGAGGAAGUUAGAGAUCUCCGCAACUACUUGGGCAGUACAGAACUAUUGCCAGCGAGAGAUCUCCAACACAUGGACCCACAUCAGAUGUGUAUGAAGCUAGUGCAAAGAGGGAAGUUGUGGGAGGGGAACCCUACACUCUUGGAACGCCUCAUGAGAAUGAUUGGCAGAAAUGACUUUGCAGAAGAGGCGAGGGGCAUUGCUGCAAAGGAUGCGGAAGGUUCAUCAGACACAUCGGCGUCUUCAGAUGACUAGUGCCCCCUGGUUUCCAUCUCCCACAAUUUCAUUUGAUGUGGGUCAUUUGAAGAAGUACAGCUACUAGUUCUGUUAAAUUUUCUUUUUAAAAAUACUUGUGCGUCUUUUACGUGUGUCUGAUAUUAUGAUUUUUGUGAACGACCUUGAUUGGUCGAUCUUGAUUGAACGACCAUCUACAAUGAACGAUCUUGAUUGGUCCUUCAUUUUUCCAAAGAAAGGUUAGAAGUAGCACUUUCUUUAUGUAUGUGGUACAGUAUGGUUGAUCAUUUGCUUGAUUGCCGUGUAUAGGUAAGCACUAAAGCAGUCUGAUUCUGUUGAUGGUAUGUCGGUCCUUGGUGCCGACAUAAAUUAAGGAAUUAGAUUAUGUAAAUGAGUUACUCAAGAAAAAAGGUAGCUUCUGUUAGACCUUUUAGACCAUAGGAGGUAAAUAUAUUUGUGGAUGUCAGGGCAUUCAUAGACUCGUACAAGACUUGUAAAAACUUCUGAUGUCUUCUACAUUCAGGAUUUGGCGUGGAAUGCAUAAAAAAGAGUGACACGUCGAGAUGUCAAUUAUGCAGUGGAAAUGACAUGUAUCUCUAGAGAAUUGUCUAAUGCAGUUGUGACUGUGUAGUUUUUCUAGUUCCAAAAUGUUAAUAACAUGGAAGGCAAUAUGAUCAUUAUAGUCAACUGCUGACUUGUAAUAUAUAUUACAUUUGUAGAUGACGUCCGAACCGGAAUAUUGACAGCUCGGCCCUUGUAACAGCUCUCUGUAAUAUGGCAUGGUAUAUAGCAUUCUAGCAUAUCAUAAGAGACGGGUGACUUGUGUUACUGUAACAGUGUGUGGGGGUGUUAUAGGCGCUACCAACUGA